UCUCAAACUUCCCUAGUUAAGAACUUAUACAGAACAUAACCUAUUUGUGUAACCUAUUUUAUAAACAAUGAAAUAUCGGUUAAACAAUUUGAUUUACUGCUUGCAUACAAAUUUUGUUAUUAAUGGAACCAGACGAUAUGCAGGACAUAGCAAAUGGCAUAAUAUUAAACAUAUUAAAGAAGAAAAUGAUAGAACAAGAGGACAAUUGUUCAAAACCCUUAUUUCUAAAAUGACAGUUGCAGUAAGAGAAGAGGGAAGUGCGGAUCCAUUACUCAACUCUAAAUUAGCAAAUUUAAUCGAUCAAGCAAAGAAAGUUAAUAUGCCACUAAGCACUAUAAACACAUUUCUAAAUAAAAUGAAGACUCCAAAAGCACAAGCCCCAACAAAGAUAAUGCCGAUUCGUACUUCUUCAGGAUGUACAUUACUUUUGCACUAUGCAACUAAUAAUCCAGGUGGUUUCAAGGCCCUACUUAAUAAUAUACUUAGAAAAUCUAAAUCUACACUUGCAGAUACAGCAUUGUCAAUGUUUGACUGUGGAACUUAUAUUCUAGCUGUGAAAGAUUGUAACUUUAAUCAAGCAAUGGAAGAUGCAAUAGAAGCAGGAGCAGAAGAUGUAGAAGAAUUAAAAGAAAAUGAUAAAACAUAUUUUAAGUUUAAAUGCGAGUUCCUCUUUCCCGAUAAGGUGCAAAAUCAAUUAACACGCCUGGGUUACUUUGUAGUGUUAACAGAAGAUACAUGUAUACCCAAUUCUGUUGUUGAAUUGAGUGAGGAACAGUUGGAAAUGGUAAACAAAUUGAAAAGUAAACUUCUAGAACUGGAUGACAUUAUAAAAAUAGAAGAUAAUAUUGCAGAAUCUUAAAUUAGAAACAAAGGUACUAUGCAGUGGCAACAAUGUUUACCAUUACAUUACUCUGUAAAUAUGCUUUAAAAAAUAGUGACAACACCAAAGUUGUAAACAAAUUUUAUUACUACCAAUGUUGGUAAUACAUGUUUCAUUCUGAAUAAAUAAAUAAAAUUCUGUACAUGUACAGAAUGUACAUUAUUAUUUAAUAAUAAAUAUUGUUUCAAAAUA